AUGGUUGUACGACAACAUGACUGGGUUAAGCACAUCUAUAGUAGCUCACAAGCUAUCUGCCAACCCCAUGUGUCCGCCGGUAAAACAGAAGUUCAGAAAAUUCAAGCAAGAUAUGAGGCUGAAAAUAAUGGAGGAGGUUACCAAGCAAAUCAAAGCCAAGUUUCUUCGAGUGGUCGAGUACCCGACCUGAUGUUGAGGAAAGAUGAUGCUACAAACUGGAUUGAAGAAUGCCAGAAAGCUUUAGACAAAAUCAAGGAGUACUUGUCUAAACAACCCGUGUUGGUCCUGCUAGAGCCAAUAACACCUCUAUUGUUGUAUCUGUCCGUGUUAGAUGGAGCCUUUGGUUGCAUUCAGGGGCAACAUGAUGAAACUAGGAGGAAAGAACAAGCAAUAUAUUAUUUGAGUAAGAAGUUCACACCUUACGAGGCCCGUUACUCUUCGCUGGAGCGCAUAUGUUGUGUUUUGACAUAG